AUGUCCACCGGGUUUGGGAAGAGAAGGGAGAGCCCGCAGACAGUUCUUCCGUCGCUCACCACGGUACACUCGGACGAUGGUCGCCGUCACGGGGAACCUGAAGCCGUCCAGCGCGCCGAGACCGCUCCCAUUCAUGGAGGGAAGCCUUCGAACUCUCUCAAGCGAAAGGAUUCGGCCAAACCCAGCGUCUUGAGCCGUUCCGACACACACGUGUCCAAGCGGCCUUUGGUCCGGGUUCCGUCUGUUCAGACACGAUAUAUGGAGAUGCUACUUCACCUUGAUGAGAUACCUCGAUUUUACAACAUCUUGGCUAGUUUGUUUACCUGGAUCAUCCUUGCUGGCUUCCUCGUCGUACCGGGCACGUUCACGACCUUUAAGGAGUCGGAAGCGUUUCAAGACGCCGACAACAACGAUGACGACGAGGUCACUCAUGCCAUCGUCCAUUCCAUUGCCAACAUCGGGCUUCUCUGGCUCUCUGGGGCUUUCUGCAUUGUUGGAGCGUUAGGGUGUCUUGCGCUGUGGUUUCGUUGGCGUGAGAACUACGUCUGGCUGAUCAACAGGGUCUUUCUGCCCGUCGCCAUGAACUCCGUCGCUGGUCUCGUAACCACCUUGGUCAAUAUCUACACUGCACAGCAUGGUGUGUGGAGUAUAACAGCAAGGAUCACUGCUAUCGUAAUAGGAGCUUGCAUGAUUGUUGCUGGAUUGCUUUUCGCUCUGUACAAUUUUUGGGCACUACGUCGAGUUCGCAAGACACACGAGAGGCAGAUGGGAUUGGAAGCCCAACACCACGGUGAGACUCUGGUCGAAAAGGUGAAGAGGAAGGCCCAUGAGCCGCCGUUGCAGUCGGGAAGCGUUGUCUAA